AUGGAAGUGGAUCUCUUAUUCCUACAAUCAGAGAAGCAGAUUUUAUGGAAGCUGAUCACUGAGAUCAAACCAGUUCCAUCAAACAUGGUCUUAAACACUGAGCAAUUGGUGACUAUCCAACAACUUCUAGACACUCAGAGGGAACAGCAGCAAGUCAUCAACAACUUAAAAGCUAUGAUUGAACUCUACAAACUAGGGCUCCAAAACACCAAGCACAUGUCUGAAGGUCAUCUUUACCAGGGCAAGACUGUCAGAGUGGAAAAUGAAAACCACCCAGAGAUAGACUCAGUUUACCCACUGCCAAAGUAA